AGAACCAGAGGUUUUUAAGUCUUCCCUGUAUUGUUUUUUGGGGUUUCCAGGACAAAGGUUCUACUCUCUUCCCUUCAAAUAAAGGAUUUGAAGAAGCAUCAUUUUUGAAUAUAGUUCAAUUAAAGGCAGCAACAAACAUAAAGAUCUUCAACCCUCAUUUGUAGCAGCUGAGAAUCUCUGCAGACCUGCUGCUUGUCGGGAGUUUGUUCCAGAUUUGUUGAGCAGAAAAACUGAACGCUGCUCCUCCGUGUUUGGUUGUGAAACCGGGAACGAGUCCCACACGGCCUGAGAGGUUGAGAUUGUUCGUAAAGUCAGAAAUCUAUUUUGGCCCUAAACCAUUCACUGCUUUAAAAACCAACAGCAGGAUUUUAAAGUAAAGUUGGACAGAGAGCCAUUGUAAAGCCCUCAGAACGGCAGUGCCGUCCUCCACUUCCUUUGUCUUAUAGGACUCGGGCUGCAGCGCUUUGAAUCUACUGCAGUCGUCUGAUUGUUUUUUUUACAAAACCUGAGCGCCCCAGAAUUGAACCUUGGGGAACACCACAUGUAAUUUUAGUCCACUUAUGUGUAAUUAGCUGCAGACACAAAGUGCUCUUGGUACUUCAAACCAGUUUAUUGCUGUGCCACAAAGUCCAACAAAGACUUUUAUGUCGUGGCCAACCGUGUCCAAUGCAGCACUCAGAACCAGUAACACUAGAACCGUAGUUCUGAAACUGUCUUUGUUUAAAUAUUAGUUUAAAUUAUUUUACUAAAGAAUGGGAGUUUUGAUAUUGUACUAUACUUUCUCUGUCAUGGUUUGGUUCUGCUUCCUCUCUUAUGUUGUAGUUUUCAUGUCUCUCGUGUCCCUGGGUAGCUUCCCUUCCUGCCUUGUCCUGUGAUUGCCUGAUGGUUUCCCCCUGUGUCCAAUCACCUGCACCUUCCUAGUGUAUUUAAGCCCUGUGUGCCUGUUGUCCCUUGUCGCAUCAUUGUCUAUGUCAGCCGUCGUUGGUGCCCGUCCUCCUGUUUUGUUUAUGAAUAAAGAGCACCUUUGGAAGAUCCUGCAUUUGAGUCCUGCCUUCAGCCUGCACCAGCACCGCUCCCUGACAUUCUCCAUGUUGCAAAGUCUGAAUUAGCCUUUUUAAAGACUGGUUUAUUAACUUCAGUUUGCAUGGCCUGUGGGAAGACCCCUGGCGUAAGGCAUGUGUUUACAAUUUGUAAAAGAUCAGUUUUCAUGUAGUUUGAAAUAUUCUCGAAAAGGUGUGUUGGUAGCAGGAGGAGGACUUAGGAUAUAUAUCAUUCCAGAUUUCCAUGGUUGAUUAAAUGAAAAUGUGUCAUGAUAUAUACGUAUAUAUAUAUAAUUUAGAGAUGGCGACAGCACAUGCUGUGCUUCUUGUGGAGGUAACGUUUUUCUAAUUUUCAGAAUCUUGUCAUUAAAAAGGGAAAGGAUUGGAGCUCAACACACACUGACAGUGGAGGGUUCGUUACCCUGGCGACGUUAGCAAAUAAUGAGCGUGUGUUAUCACUAUUGGUUAUGAUGUCAGAGAAGAAGGACUGCCUUGUAUUUCUCAGUUUCAAAUUACAUUUGCAAAGUCUUUCUUUAUAGAUGUCACACUGAACGUAUAGCUGGUGUAUAGCAGUAUGUCACAUCUCCAUUAACUACGCGAGAGGCACACAAAGAAAUACCUUCUGAUGAUACAAAUGUAAAAACAUCCAAAACUUGAGAAGAAAAUAGUGUGUGCAUGUGGGAACCCAUUACUAACAGUGAGAAGGUGAUUAAAAACUGAAAAACGUAUUCAGGGCCUCAAAAGCCCACUUGAUCGACUCCCAUCCCUUAAAACAGAAACCUGGAGCAACUGUUUCUAAAUACAAGUUUUAAAUCAGUAAACAGUGAAGAUGUUCGGUGCAAUCAAUGCAGCUGCCUUUUUGUUGGACAUGACUGUGUUCAAAGCUGCAAGGUUUGCCUUGUCUUUUUGGCCCACACAAGACCCACAUUCUGCAUUCUGCUUUUUAAUUGGGAUUCCUAAGAGACUUUGUCCAAAGUCUCAGCAAAACACCCGAGUCGUAUCAAGCAGCCUAAGCUAAGUCCAGUAACCAAUUACCGGGCUCUGCCCCAGCGGAGCUGGUGUUCUCUGGAUGAAAUCCCUGCUUCUGAAUUUAAAAUAUGCCAUAGCCAGCAGUGAUUCCCCAAUGAUACUAACUGAUUGUGCACAUUCAAGUUUGUGCUUAAUCCCUACAGGGUUCUACACACCAAUUGAAGAUGAACUUACUCUGUAAUUUGUGUAUUUACAAAAACCUCUAAAACACAGAUAAAUGAAUGCACUUCUCUCUACAGGAAAAAAGAAAAUUGGCAUCGGCUAUUAGCUCCAAAUUAUCGGCUCAAUCCAUCGGUCAAAAAAGUCUGUUAGAGACCUGAAAUAAGCCAUGUGACCCUUGUGAUCCCUGAAACAACAUAGUAAACCCCCCGGCCCCCUCAAAACCACCUAGAAGCAGAGCCAGGUUAUCAAUUCGAUUUCGGUAAUUUGAUGUAGGAAUAUUUAUUAUGUAAUAAUAUGAAGUUAAAGAUUUACUAAUUCAAAAUUGACACAGCCUGUGCAGCAGGUCCUUAUACUGACCGUUGGUCUUCUGUCGUUCUCUCAGUGAUACACCACAAAUGCACGUAUAUGAAGGUUGAGGUUUGGUUAAAUCUGUGUGAAUCCUACCUAAGCGUCAGGGGCCAUUGGCCCAUUGUCUGCAGCCCAGUGGGUAAAAAAACAAAACACAUUUCACUACUGCAGUGUAGUGUGUGGCUGUUUCAGUGUGUGCAUGUGCAUAUUUCUCUCUAUUACUCCGAUAUAGCACUUUCCCAGUCAUUCUUUAAAUGCAGCCAAAAUUAAACUGAAAUCCGUGCUGGGUUUUGAUUGGAGGCCUGCAAAGGGUGUCUCUGGUGGUAAAGAAUAAAGAGAGCGAGUGAACAGCCUCCUCUGCAGUUUUUUUCCCUUCAAUUUCUAAGGAGAAUAUGUAAGCGCUGUGUUUUUCUACACCUCUCAAUAGUUUCCCCCACAGGCACUCAAUGUCGACUUGACUGACAGCUGUAACGACUCUCGAUCAUCAUCGAUCCGAUCACAAAAAAACAAACGAAUUAGUUUGACCCCCUUUGCUACCAGUCUUUCAGGGUGAAAGUGUCUCAUAAAGGGAAUAGAUGCAUUACUGUUUUGAAGACAUCACUUCUCUGAAAAGCUCUGCUGCAGUCGCAUCCCGCCGUCAUCCAGACAUCCCCAACUCCUGCUCUCCUUCAUUUCAGCGUCUCAGUCGGUCCGCACGGCACCUCUCACCAUGACAACAUUUGACUUCUCGGACGUUGAAGCCUUUUUGGAUCGCCAUCCGGACCUCUUCGAGGAGUAUCUCGUUCGAAAAGCGAAAUGCGACCAGGUUAGCAGAUGGUUGAAGGAGCACCAGCCGUUGAAAGUGUCCGCAGCCGACGAGAAGCGUGCCGCGGCCGCCAGGGACCCUCCGUGGGCGAGCAACCCGGACGGGCUCCGGCGCAGAUCGUCCCACAUGGAGCUGCGACGGAACUUCGCGCGGUCCAAAGCCAGCACCGCAAACCGGACCUACGACGAGCACGUGAGUCUCAGCGAGCACGGGUCCCAGUCCAGCAUGAGGCGCCGCGCGCUCCUGCGUAAAGCCAGCUCGCUGCCUCCGACCACCGCGCACAUCCUGAGCGCCUUGCUGGAGUCCCGGGUCAACGUGCCCCAGUACGCCUCCAGCGCCAUCGACUACAAAUACAGGCUCAAGGAAACCAACGAGAGGGAGUUUUUCUUGGAGUUGGUGAAGGACAUCUCCAACGAUUUGGACCUGACAAACCUCAGUUACAAGAUCCUGAUUAACGUGUGCAUCUUGGUGGAUGCAGACAGGUGUUCGCUUUUCCUCGUGGAGGGGCCCGCACACAAGAGGACACUUGUAUCCAAAUUCUUUGACGUUCACUCUGGCACCACUGUCAGGCCAUCGUCCAGCACCCUCAACUCCAAUGAAGUGCAGGUGCCCUGGGGGAAGGGUAUCAUUGGAUAUGUGGCAGAGCACGGGGAAACUGUAAACAUCCCAAACGCAUAUGAGGACCACCGCUUCAGUGAUGAGAUAGACAAGCUAACAGGCUACAAGACUCAGUCCAUCCUCUGUAUGGCCAUCUGUAACAGUGAUGGGGAAGUCAUAGGCGUUGUACAAGCAAUCAACAAAAAUCCCAUGGGCACUCCCUUUACUGAGGAUGAUGAGAAGGUUCUGCAGAUGUAUCUACCAUUCUGUGGAAUAUCGAUCUCCAAUGCCAAGUUGUUUUCGGAGUCUCGCAAGGAGUAUGAAAGGAGUAGGGCUCUGCUGGAGGUGGUCAAUGACCUGUUUGAGGAGCAGACCGACCUGGAGAAGAUUGUUAGGAAGAUCAUGCAGAGAGCGCUGACCCUGCUGCAGUGUGAACGCUGCUCUGUGCUCCUCCUUGACGACAUUGACUCACCUGUUGUGAAGUUCUCCAAGACGUUUGAACUCAUGUCUCCCCUGUGCAACAUGGACCGUGACAUCAGCAUGGAGAAGCUCUCGUGCUCUGAUUGGCUGAUCAAUAACAGCAUUGCUGAGCUGGUGGCUUCUACGGGACUGCCUGUGAACAUCAGCGAUGUGUGUCAGGACCCACGAUUCGAUGCUGAGGCGGAUCAGGCCUCAGGAUUUCACAUCAGAUCAGUGUUAUGUGUACCCAUCUGGAACCGAACUCAUCAGAUAAUUGGAGUUGCACAAAUUCUGAAUCGCUUGGACAGGAAAACGUUCAACGAUGCAGAUCAGAGACUGUUUGAGGCAUUUGUGAUAUUCUGUGGACUUGGAAUCAACAACACUAUGAUGUACAACCAAGUUAAGAAGACGUGGGCCAAGCAGUCAGUGGCCCUCGACAUGUUGUCCUACCAUGCUACUUGUUCCAAGGUGGAAGUUGACAGACUUAAGGCAGCAAAGAUCCCCCUCAGCAGUGAGUUAGGCAUCGACGAGUUUCACUUCAAUGACUUCUCUUUGGACAACGACGCUAUGAUCACUGCAUCACUGCGCAUGUUUCUGGAACUGGGUGUCGUCCAAAAGUUUAAAAUUGACUAUGAGGUUUUAUGCCGCUGGCUUUUGACUGUGAGGAAGAACUAUCGAACCGUAGCGUAUCACAACUGGAGGCACGCCUUUAACGUGUCGCAGUGCAUGUUCGUCAUGAUCACAACAGCUAGUUUCCGGGACGUCCUCACGGAGGCUGAGAUACUGGCACUGAUGGUGGGCUGUCUAUGUCACGACUUGGACCACCGGGGAACCAACAACGCAUUUCAAGCCAAGACAGGUUCUGCUUUGGCUCUGCUCUACGGGACAUCAGCCACCCUGGAGCAUCAUCACUUCAACCAUGCAGUCAUGAUCCUGCAAAGUGAGGGUCACAAUAUCUUUGCAAACCUCUGCUCAAAAGAGUACAGCAACAUGAUGCAGUUAUUGAAGCAGGCCAUUCUCUCCACGGACCUUACUUUGCAUUUUGAGCGCAGAACCAAGUUCUUUGAGUCUGUUCUGUCUGGGGAAUUCAGCUGGACAGAUGAAGGCCACAGAGAAGUUCUCAGGUCCAUGCUGAUGACGGGGUGCGAUCUGGGAGCAGUCACUCGUCCCUGGAAGAUAUCCAAACAGGUUGCAGAGCUGGUGACGAGUGAAUUCUUUGAACAGGGUGACAGAGAGAGGUCUGAGCUUAAGUUGACCCCCGCGGCCAUAUUUGACCGUAAUCGCAAAGAUGAACUACCUGUCUUACAGCUGGAGUGGAUAGAUGGGAUAUGUAAACCCCUUUAUCAGGCAAUGCUGAAGCUAAACAGGAAGUUGCAGCCGAUGAUUGACGGGAUGGAUGCCAAUCGAAACAAAUGGCAGGAGCUCUGCUCUAACUUUCAGGAAACACGCAGAACCUCAGUGUCCAAUCAGAGUGGUGAAUCCGAUCAGAGUCCUAAGCCCCAUAAAGGCCCAGAUACAAAUCAACACAGAGACUCCACAGAGACUCUGAUGCCUGUGGAAAACACUAAGGUUGGGUUAAAGUCUACGUAAGCAGAGUAAACCAAGGUUAGGUUUCUCAGCAGCAGCUGGUAACAUGAUGCCUACAGGAAAGAAGUAAAGCAAGCUAAGUGUUGAGUAAAGGCUAAUCACAAGGGACUCCCUCAGAACCCUGAGAUUUUCCAACACAUUCAUUACCCUAAACUUUUUUUUACAAAUCUGGGUAUUGGUUUUCCCAAGGUUUGUGUUAAACUCGAGAGCAUUAUUAUUCAUAGUGGUCAAACUCUUUCUUUUUUCAUUUUGUCCUAUCCAUCUACAUAUCCAUCCAUCCAUCCUUCUAUCUAUUUGGCUGCUUUUAAUUACUCAGAUGUAUAAGAUUGAGGGACUACUGUUGAAACCAAAGACGGCAACAUACAACUCUAUUGUUUUGCAAUGGGAACUGCCUCAAUUCCAUAAGCCAAUUAGAGCGCCUUUACAAAACCAAAAGGAAUCACUGUGAUUUCUCUCAAAUAAAAACUCAAAUUGCCAUUUUGAAUAUGGACCGGAGCAUGAUCGUGUUCCUGUAUGUUCCUUAUGGUCUUACCUCGGUUGCAAAGCUUUGUCUGCAUGGCAUUAUUUUCAACGUUCGUUGAUUGACCAGCCACCAGCUGUCUUAUUCUUCUGUGAAUUGCAUGUGUGUCUCAUGGAAACGUUGUGUCUCUAUGUUAAGGAAUUAGAUGGACAAUGUGAGAGGCCAAAAAAGCCAACGAUAAAAUUAAUAAAUACCAACUAAUUCCUGAAAUAGUUAUGACACAGAAUACAAAUUGUUUUGUCAAAUGGGUCAGAGAUUAUUUAACCCAUAAAGGUAUAAUUAAUUUAUUUUUGAUUAUUGAUUAUCAGUAAAUCAUUGAUUAAUUAUCUCUCACCUGAGUGAGACAAACAAAGAACUAUACAUCUAUGGCCCGACCUUAUAUUUGUUUGCGAAAUGUGUUGUUACACAAAUCCGUAAUGAGCAAGCAACAGCAAGGAAAACAACAGACUGUGUAUUGCUGUGGGUAAAAAGGAAAUAUUAUCAUAAGCCUAUGCUUUCGCAUUAUGUACAAGAUAAAAAUGCUUAAAUAAAAGUUUUGAGGUUCUUUUAAAGCAGAAUUUGUAUAUAUACAUUUUUUUGUGUUGUUUCAGAUUCAUCACAAAACAAUGUUUUGUUUUUCUGGGCAGCAUGUCAUUUUGAAACUGCAUGUAUUAUGUUUGAUGUUAAUACUGGACAUUAUCUUGAUGCCUUUUACUGCCCUAUGAGAUUUGCUUCGGAUGAAGUCACCGUAAGGGAUAAACUAAAUAUUGCUACGUAAGAAUAUUAUUGUCACUGCAUUAUUGUUGUUGAUAGCAGAUAACAAUUAAUAUUUUCAAUCACAGAUUAUACCAAAAUUAUACACACAUUUUUACAUAGAUUGGACUCUAUAUUUAUGCAAUAUGUUUAAUUGGCAUUUUCACCUGCUAUUUAUAAAUUGUCCUCUAAAAGGGGCAUAAUUAGACAACAAAGUGCUAGAAGGGAGUGAAUCAAUCAUCUAGUUGUGUGAAUAAAAUGCUUUGGCAUGGCAACUGAUUAUAUGUGGUAAUUUGUGAUUGAUGCAUUUUUUUCAAAUUCCCAUGGCUAUUAUUUAAAAGUGCUUUACAGAUAAUGCUUUACAGAUAAUAUAGAGUCUUAAUAUGAGCAAAACACAACUACUUAUGAAAAGCGGCAGUGGAGUAUUGACUGAGCACAGAAAGAAGACACUCUGCCUCUCUGUAAGUUAUUAUCCGAGCUUCUCCUUGCUCUGUUGACAUAGUCCUCAGCCCAUUUAGUGCAUGUUAGUGCAUGUGAGCAUCACCUAUAAGCCCGGGCAUUGCAUGGAGCUCCUUCUGCACUUUUAGCUGAUAAGACCAUCUCGACGGGCUGCAUCGUCUGGGAAGCCUAUUUCACCACUUGAAGACUAUUGAACUAUCCCUUUAAGAACAGUGAACAAUACCAAUAAAAACAAAUGCUAA